GCUAAUAUUUAUAAAUUGAGUUAGAAGUUCGAUCGUAACAUAAAAAAUUUCGAGUGAGUAAAGUCAUUCGAUGACAAACAUCGCAAGUAAGAAAAAGAAAUGGAACUGGUUGGUGGCUUUAGCUUGUUUCUGCACAAUGUUCACCACUAUAGGAGUUUUACGUAUAUCGGGAGUAUUAUACACUUCCAUCACUCAUGUAUAUAGUGUUUCGAGAGAAAAUGCUGCAUGGCCUUUCUACGUUCGUAGAAGUGUGGGUCUGUUUACUACGCUAUCUUCUGGUUUUCUGAUGCAAUAUUUCGACAUUCGUACACAAGUUUUUGCAGGCAUUCUCUUAUGUUCUUUAGGACUUGGCCUUUGUUACUUGGCAGAAGAAGUACUCUUCAUUACUCUAUCGUUCGGAAUCAUGUACGGAAUUGGUUCGGGCGUGGUUAGAACCUCAAAUGUAAUCAUCAUCAAUCGUUACUUUUCCCAAUAUCGAACAAUUGCAACUGGGUUAAUCCUUUCUGGCACAUCCUUAGGAUCUUUUGUCUUUCCACCUUUCGCAGAUUUUCUCAUUCACUUUUACGGACUAAGAGGGAGUUUCUUAUUAAUUUCUGGAAUUCUACUUCAAGGUUUGAUAGCGACUUCUUUAUAUAAAACUACGACAGUGCCUAGAAGGAAGAAAUCAUUGGAUGUUCCGAAGAACUUAACAACACUCGAAGAAGAUUGUAAAAGUCAUCAGUCCAAAACAGCUGAUAACGUUCGGGAGAUAGAAAUAAGAACAAUUUUUGAACCCAAACUAAUCAAUUCGAACGAAGAGGAAAGUAUUUCCAAUAAGCAGAAUUCUUUAAAAGAAAAAUCUAACACGAACAAGUUCUGCUUAGCAUUAAUGUCGUAUCUGCAUAUAUUUAAGUUUCCUAUGUUUUAUGUCAUCUCUGUAACAUCUAUCAUAGCUAAAAUAAGUUUUUACACUUUUAUCAAUACUAUAAUCGAUUUCGCUAUCGAUUGUGGAAAUUCGCGACAUAACUCUAUCUUCCUCCUGUCUGCAUCUUCGAUUUCGGAAGUGAUUGGUCGUUUAGGAUGCGGAUUUUUCAUAGAUUUGAAAGUUUUAAAGAGACAAACAGUUAUACAAAUCUCCUUCGUUAGUUUGGCUUCUAUUUUUGCAAUUAUUCCAAUAUGGAAUAGUUAUGGGAUGUUGAUAACUGCGACUAUUUUGAUCGGUAUCUUCGCUAGUUGUUUAAUCGUUAAUAGCUCUGUGUUAUAUACAGAGUAUCUUGGUAUUGAAAAUCUUCCUUACGCUUACGGAAUUGAGACAACAUUAAGUGGAUUAAUCGGCUUUCUUUUACCAUUGUUCAUAGGUUAUUGCCGCGAUGUCAUAGGAAGCUACAACUUAUUAUUUUACGUAUUUGGAAGUCAGCAUUUAUUUGCUGCAAUUUUAUGGUCAAAAGAGCUCGUUAAAAGAAGUCUUUUACUUUGUAAAUGUCAAUAA